AUGUUUGAUUGGAUAAAAUCCCGAUUUCCCGGCCGAAACGGCAAAUAUGAUGUACCACAAAGAGUUCAUAAUGAUGUCACCGAGAAGGGCAAGUCCCGAGUUCAACAAAAUCUGAAGCACAAAGUUCACGUUACCGUCAAUAAAAACAAAGAAAUUAACAUUAUUUCACCAUCUGCAGAAAUUGUAGAAGUAACUUCCAGUUUUAAACAGAGUCCAAUAGAAAACAUUUUCACUUCUGAUGACGAACCUUUUGCUACAACAUCUUUCAAAGACUUUACUGAUAAAUCUUCUGGAUGGUGUUCACCAUUAAAUGUGAUUGACACACAUUUAUUGGAGCAGAAUUCUAGAAUCUCUGAAUGUGUUUUGGUGGAUUUGAUCCAGUUUAAAGAACAGAAUUCUAAAGUCAUAUCUGAGACUGAUUCAGAUUCUGGAAGAUCUAGUCUAUCUUGUCAAAGUUCACGUCGAUCUUGUGAAAGUCUAGUUUCCAACACAGAAGACAAACCCUUCCAUGGAAACUCAAAAACAGACUCCAGAACAAGUUUAUAUUUAUCUGAUUCAGCAUAUAGCUUUGACUCUCAGUGUCCUAAAUUUACUGAAAUGCUCAGCAUUAAUUUAGCCGAAGAAAGUUUGUGUUUAUCAGAAAAUGAAUACAGUUUUGACAAUGACUCCUAUCUACAUUGUGAAUCCCUAUCCAUUGACCAAAGUCGAAUGCAAAGUCUGCCGUGUGAACUACAAUUACUUGACAAGGAUCAAAUUGACAGUCUGUCUAAAAACAGUGUUUGUCUGUCCAAUAGUUGUUAUAGUUUUGAUUCGGAUAAUAUGGCUUUACAUAAGUCAUUUAAUAGAAGUUACAUACGAAGAGUAUCCAAUAGUAGUGUCUGCCUUUCAGAUUGUAACUACAGUUUUGAUACCAAUUCAGAAAGCUUCGGAGAUGCAUUGGAAGACGAGCUGCCAACUUUCAAUCCAAAAAUUGGUUUUGGACUCAAUAGAUGGUACAAACAUUGA